UUCUUCUUCAAAAGCUUCUCCCUACUCCUUUGUCAACCCUGCAACUUGCUGACAUUCCCUAACUUAAUCGAGGAAAACCAAAAGAAGAAUAUUAACCAUGAAUCUCGACGAACAAAAGCUUCCGGCAGCAUCUGCAAAUAUGGCGGCACUGAAUUGUAUAGACCUCUCCGAUUCCGACAUACAAAAAUCUGUUUCUCUCCUCAGACAGGCUUGCUCGGACUCUGGAUUUUUUUAUGUAGUCAAUCAUGGUAUCAGCCCAGAAUUUAUGGAUGAGGUCUUUUCUCAAAGCAAAAGGUUCUUUAGUCUACCACUUGGUGAAAAGAUGAAGCUUCUCAGGAAUGAAAAAAACCGUGGUUACACUCCUCUUCUAGAUGAGCAUCUGGAUCCUGUCAACCAGAUACAUGGAGAUUAUAAAGAAGGAUAUUACAUUGGUGUGGAAGUACCAGAAGAUGAUCCUCAAGCCGAAAAACCAUUUCAUGGACCAAACUUGUGGCCUACGGCAGAUAUUUUGCCUGGAUGGAGAGAAACUAUGGAGAGAUACCACCGCGAAGCACUUGAGGUUGCAAGGGCAGUUGCUAGAAUUAUAGCCCUAGCACUUGACCUGGAUGGAAACUCUUUUGAUCAAUCAGAAAUGCUAGACGAUCCUAUUGCAAUUUUGCGGCUGCUACAUUAUGAAGGUAAAAUCUCUGAACCAGAAAGAGGAAUAUAUGGUGCAGGUGCCCACACUGACUUUGGAUUGCUUACCUUCUUAGCCACAGAUGAUGUCAUUGGUCUUCAGAUAUGCAAGGGCAAGCAUGUUGAGCCUCAGAUUUGGGAAUACGUGUCACCGGUAAAAGGAGCAUUUAUUGUGAAUCUUGGAGAUUUACUGGAGCGCUGGAGCAAUUGUUCUUUCAGGUCAACACUACAUCGAGUCUUGGUUUGCGGUCAAGAAAGAUAUUCUAUUGCUUUCUUCAUGCUGCCGAGUUUCAAUUGUGUUGUCAAAUGCCUGCCAACCUGCCACUCAGAGGAUAAUCCUCCGAAGUUCCCACCCGUCACAUGUGGAGCUUACUUGAUGCAGAGAUAUGAAGAUACGCAUGCUGAUCUGAGCUCCUAGGAUGGUUCGACCCGGAUUGGCAAUGGUUGUUGAACCUUUUGCUGAUCAGUUGUUUCAUGUAACGAAUGGUGGAUAUACAUUCUAUCUGUUGGUUUUUCCCUAGUAUUUGAUGGUUAGGAACACAAAAAUUAUGACUUAGUACGGAGUACGAAACAAAUGAAAAUGCCUUUUCCGUCCGGCAUUUUCACUUUGUCUAUAUCAAUCACGUUAUGCAAAAAAUCAAAGGGUUGUGCCAUAGCACUCCCUUGAUCUAGUUGGAUCUGUAUA